GGUGCAGAAUUCUCAGAAAUCUAAGUAACUUCUUUUAGUUUAUCCUUAGAUUUAGGACGUAUUUGAGACUAAUCAGAGGUAUGUGAAACUGAAAUUAAGUUUUCUGUGAUAUGCCAGAUUUUCUGUGGUAUUAAUGUUUGGGGGAUUCUUCAUUUGGAAAGGUCAGGUAAACGAUACAUGCAGUAAAAUCCUGGUAGAUCAUGUUACAUUACCAAGAAAACACUCAUCGAGAAGGCGUACAAAGUGGUCUUUGUGCUUCUCAAUUGAUGCAAAUUACAGGAGUUAAAGUCCACCUGGCUUCUCUGUGAAGCUCAAGCUUCUCUCUUGUAAGCUCGCUUUGAUCGAAUAUAUUCAAAAGAUAUAAGGUGUUUUUUUUCAAUUUUCAUCUUAUUUUAUUAUCGACGGAUUACAUUUCAUUCAAGAAUAGAUCGCUUUGGAAUUGUUUUCGACUUUGUGCAGGCAGAAUGUCUAGCCUAGUAAAUGUCCACGAACAGAACAUAACAGAUACAUCGCUUUCAUCCUCUGGCGAUCAGAAACCUCUUGUGCUCAAAGAGAGAAGUUGUUUUCGUGUGGUUUUGGUUGUAAUCCCUUGUUUGCUUUUGAUAUGGGGCGUUUCAUUGCUUCCCACCGUAUUCUACGCAAACAAACUCCCAGUUCCUACGGAUCCACCUUCACCGAACAUCAGGUUAGAUUUUGCUGAUAAUUUUCUGGUCUUAUGUCUAAUGUGGGAACUGAUAGAGAUUUGAUUUUGAUUUUUGACUCCAAAUUUUCUGAGUGGUAUAGCAUUUAUGGAGAUUUCCGCGCAGCCCAUUUAUUCAUAAUGCAUGCAUUCAGUAUAGGAUGACAGUGACAAAACAGUAGGAUACCUUUGGGAAUACAGCUUUGUUCUAGAAUAGGAUGGAUUUUUUAGUAUAUAAAGAAAUAUUCUUUAAGGAUUUUGAUGCAGUCAGUCAAUCUUAUAACUUAACCCUGUAACUCCCAAGAUCUGAUUGUUAAUUCUCCCCUCUAGCUGCUACACAUUUCCUUGUAAAUUAGUUAUGAGAACUUGGUGCCAGAUCAAGAUAGCAGCUUCUACCUGAUAAGUUUGAAUCUUCUCAUUACCUGUUUGAUGAAGAAUAUAUAGAUAUUGUAGGGAGAAGUUUUAUGUUAAUCACUUCUAGGAGUUAAAGGGUUAACUAGAAAUAAAAAAUUUUUCCUCUCAAUCAAGUCAAAUAAUUUGAAAUCAGUCAACUGACUGAUGAAUGAAGAUGAUAGGGAAUUUGAUGAAAGCUCUACUGAGCAAGUUAACUGAGUGUUAUGUAGGAUUUCCUCUCAGCUCCAUACUAUCCUAAAACGAAGAAGCAAUUAAGGCAACCUUUUAUUUUUGCUAUGAUUUUUUUUUAUGCAAGAACUGUGUACACAUUGAAGAAUGGGGCUUUGUAGAAAUCUUACCAAGUGUUAAUCUAGCUUGCUGGUAGCUUAGCUCAUACAUUCAUGGUUUUCUUUUGGGUUAAUUGCUGUGUAGUCCCCUAAACAAAAUGAACAUAUGUUCACAAGGCUACCUUAAAGGGGAACACCAUGAUCAUGAAUAUCCAUCAUGCAAUAAAGAGGUGAAUUAUGAAAUGAUAGUCAUAAAUUAAAAAAGUUUGAAUUUGGCACUAGCACAUCCACAAGAUACCGGUAAGUAAAUCCACUGUUUCCUUGGAAAGUGUCUGUAUUACUGACUUUGUUUUUGUGGAGGGAGGAUUUAAACUUUGACCCUUAAGUGUGAAAGCAUAUAAUUUCUCCUUACAUUAUCACCUCUAAUUCAUACAUAAAAGUUAUGAGAAUAAUGAAAAUGGUCAUCAAUGCAAUAAGCUCUUGAUUGUUAAACAAAUUUUCCUCGUCAGCGCCUUAAGAAAUGUUUAGAGAAAGAAUGUAAAAUGUGCAUACUGAUGCUAGGGUGUAAAGAGUUGACAGGGUGACAAGAAUGAAACAUCAAACUCAGCCUGCAUGUGAUACUUGGUCAAGGAAUUGUGACCAAGCUCCAACAUAGGAAAGUGAAAGCUGUCAUCAGGGUGCUUUCUCUGCUAGAGGAUUUCAUAGCUAGUAUGCAGAAAAACAAUUCAAUUUUAGAUCAAUCAAUCAUUCACAAAGUUUGUAAAAACAGAUUUAGAUUUGAGGUAAGGUAGGUGCACAUUUUCAUAUCACUGAGAUAACCUUGUCACUUUUUUCUUUCCUGUAGUAAUCAAACUCAGCCUCUGUACCCUUGCAGUCAUCCACUCAUUUUGAACCAGAAAACACAUUUGUGUGAACCACCAUGCCCAUGGGUGAUGCUGACAAAAGCAGAAAAAUUUGCCUUGCUAGUCGUUGAAAACUUUUCUAUUGCUGUUAAUUUGAUGGGUUUUGUCAUAAUAUUGUCAACUUGGAUGCGGAUUAAAAAACUGUGAGUUUAAUGUCAAUGCUGUUGCCCUUUCCUUUUUUUGUGUAAAAUUGUAUCAUGUUUAUUUAAUAGUAUAACUUUAAUUGUAAUUUUCUUUCUCUGCAAUGUUUUUUUUCUUUAUAGUGACCUAUUGGUCAUAACUCUCUGUAAUUCUUAAAUUAAAUUUUAAUUGAACAAUAUUCUUUUGGAUUCAGAGAUAUAAAUGUAAUAAAUAACACCCAAAAAUUCAUUAGAAAGGUUUGAUGAAAAUAAACAAAUGAAUGAAAAUACAAGACUAGCUCUGGAUACUUGCAAUACCAACAAACUAUUACCUUUUGCUGUUCACAAUACAGUAUUCACAGGUGUACAAUUAUUGAGAAAUGCCUUGUUUGACAGAACUGUUUUCUUUGCUAUAUUGUCAGGAGAUGUUUUCCGCAUAUAAUUCCUCUUUACAUUCAAGGCCUAUCAUCAGCCAUUGGUAAGUUUAUUUUGAUCAACCUUAAGUACUUUCAUUUUAUUUCAAUUGAUUAACCUUAAACUCCUGUAAGUGACUGAGGCAGAAUUUCUCAUUACAAUAUCUGUACAAUGUAAAACACUCAGACAAGUGAUGCGAAUAAAAAUUAUCAAUAGUAAUAGCAUACAAAUUGUCUGACAGACAGCAAGGAGAAUUUUCAAUGAGACCUUGACAUUGAAAGGGUUAAAAAGAACAAACAGCAAUAAUCUAUUUACCAAUAAAUAAGAACACUCAAACAUGAGUGAAAGUGAUCCUCGCAGUGAUGUGCACUACUUGGGCAGUGGUGAAAAUAAGGCCUGAAAAAAAUUCAGGCCUGUACAGGAUUUGAACCCAUGACCUCUGCGAUACUGGUGCAGCGCUCUACCAACUGAGCUAACAAGCCAACUGGGAGCUGGUCAUGGGUUCAGGCCUUAUUUUCACUACUGCCCAAGUAGUGCACAUCACUGCGAGGAUCACUUUCAUUCACGUCUUUAUCCACAGUUCAAAUAUAUGACUUUCAUAUAUUCUUAACCGUUUAUUCAUCACUUCAUGGGUUUAUCUGGAACCAUCAUCAAAUCCCGUACAGGCCUGAAUUUUUUCAGGCCUUAUUUUCACUACUGCCCAAGUAGUGCACAUCACUGCGAGAAUCACUUUCAUUCACAUCUUUAUUUGCAGUUUAAAUAUAUGACUUUCAUGUAUUCUUAACCGUUUAACACUUAAACAUGUUAACAAUAUGUUUAUAACUCUGUGAAACAACUUUAAUCAUAACUGGUUAGUUACCAGUACAUCAUAGCCUUUUUGUUUAUUGUUUACUGUUUCCUUUUGUGUAACCAAUAAUUUAAGUGUUCUGUAAUGAUAAGAGAGCCACCAAUAAUGACUGUAUUCUCUCCCUUCCUGUAACUUUGUUGAUGCUUUUUCUCAAAGCAUGGAUAAAAUUGUUGUAUUUGUCAAGUGCACAUUCAACAUUACACUGACACAUUUGCUAAGUGAGUUUCUGAACUCAGAAUUACAAGGAAAAAACUUACUUUCAUUUCUUUUUAAACUUCAAUCUCUGACUGGCAGAUGAACUGCUAACUUAACAUAUUCUGUACUCACAGAAUUAAACAAAUUAUCCUAAAAUUUGAUAAAUUCUCCUCAUAAAUACAGAAGUAAUUAGUUGGGUUUCAGUAGCAUGAUUUGCUUCAAGUUAGCAUACAUCUUGUGUAAAACUCAAAAUUGUGACACAAUCAUUGCCUGUAACAAAAUGGAAAAGGAAAAGGAAGGUGAUAAGUUUCUCAUGCGUCCACAGGUCAAGUCCUUGCUUGCCUUCUAAUAAGCGUUACGGUGUCACAACUACUAUAAUGUCAUUAUCACAUCAGAACAUUUACAAGUAUAAAAAGGUUGCGAAAUUUUUUUACUUUUUCAUCACAUGGACAUGAUUAUUUGCAUGUUCACCAGACAUGAAUUGACAGUCUUUACAAAAGAUAAUGGUCAUUUGAUCACUUUCGGGCACUGAUAAAGAGUGAAAACGGUGUGGCAAUUUCAGUCAAUGAUUUCUGUCAGCGAUUUCUGUAGAAUUGUAAGCAAUUGGGUACGUUUCCAUUGCUGUGUUAACCACAGAGUAUUCAAUAUAUUUUUAAGAUGAAAUACAUUGAAUGCAACUGAUAUUUUUGCUGCAAAAUUACAACAGUGACAAAGCUUCACAAAAAGCUUCUACAAGUGUAGCACUAAUGAAAAUAAUACAGCCUCAAAGAAGAAUAAUUUACCACAGAUAGCAUCCAAUUUAUGGUGAAACAUUACUGCUCUUAAAGCAGAAAUUUCCCAUCUAUUGUUGUCUGUAUUAUUUGUUGUUGACAGAAAUAAAACAGGCAAACCUUAAUUUAAAAAUGACAUGACCUUUAUUCUUCCAUGUCAUUGGUUUGUUGAGGAACUUAGUUGCUGAAGAGUAAAUUUCACAUUACAAACCAAACCUGAUUGGUUGACACAGUAACUUAUUUCCCAAAGAGCUAAUUAAAAAUGUAUUUGAGAUCUGAUUGGUUCAUUCAGGAACUAAGAUACCUAAAAUUAUAUGUACACAUCAAAAUGGUGAAGUACAUAUUUAAAUGGGGAUGUGUUACUGGUAAUAAACAUAUCAAGGAACCAGUAGCAGUAGUCAUUUAUUGAAAGGGGCUUGGUUUAAAGGUGAGGUUAGCAGGAAGGAGGUUGUUAUUCAAGACAAGGUACUUAUUCGGUCAAAAACAGUAUUGUAAUGAAUAAUGUUUUUGUUUAUUUUAAGCUGUUCUUAUUGCGGUAGCCAAUGGAAUAGGAGAAGAGAAGGCUUUCUGUAGCAACAAGUUUUUAGCAGAAUCUUCAAAAAAUCCCACCAAAUUUUGUACUGCUCAAGGGGUCCUGAUACACUACUUUUCUGUAGCUUUGGCACUGUGGUUUGUGGUUUAUAGCAUCAAUUUACUUAAGGUGAGUGAGAUGCAAGACAUUUUGUUGAUGCUUAUGUGAUAUGCACAGCACAUUUUUUUCUAUCCAGGUUAGUAUUUUACCUUAGAUGUUUUAUCAAAGUGUUUCUGAAUCAGCUUUUACAUGAGUUAUUCUUGAUUCGUCACGUGAUUUGCUUUUAUUGAUGAUUCUAAUGUAGUAACGCAAGAAUAAUGGCUAGCUCACAACCACUAUUUUUGACAAUUUUGGAAAAUAUCCAAAAUUUUGUGUCCACUGAAGUAAGUGUUGUAUAAGUUCAUUUGAAACCACUGUAAAAGCCAAGCCUAAAAGCUUAUUUAUUUGUCUACUAAUGUCAGAUAAAGCAAGAGCUUUCAACUGGUCAAUUCACAAGAAGUGUCACUAAUGUUCUGAAAUCUUGCAUUCUUAUAGUGAUUGAAGCAGCACUUAGGUCUCAAAAAUCUUAAAAUCUUUAUCAAAUCAAAUUUUUAUCCUGUUUUUAUCUGGGAUUUAUUCACUAUCUUCAUGUAAUGUUAUGAUCUGUAAAUAUGUUUGUUUAUCACUAUUGAGAGUGAUUACAAAUGUGAACAUUCUUCAGAAUAUGUCUAUCCCUUUCCUGCCUGAGGGAAAUGCCAAAUUUUUUUGAAAUGAGAACAAUGAAGCACUAGACCAUGCAUAAUAUAUUAUUUUAAAGGUAUUUUUUGGGGUAUGCUAUAAAGGACACCAACAGGUGUGGAGGAGGUAACUGAAAAGACUGAGAAGUGUCCAAAGUGAAAAAUAAAAACCUUGAAAUUGUUUGUUUGCCUCGUACAUAUAGGGUAUACCACUUAACUAUGGUUUAAAUUGCAGCUCUCAGAGCAUUGAUUGUGGUGAGAUAUCACCUGAACCAAAACAGUACUAAGACAAAAAGUUCCAAAAGUUGCAGGGGUGGUAAACCAAGUCUUGUAUUAGAGGGAGCCAUGAUUUUAUGCCUUCAAUGUGCAGAUCUUUCAAUGACCUUUUGGUUUUGAAAGUUUCGGAAAAAAUGAAUGAAUAUUAAGCAUACAAUGGCAUCGUGUGCCAUGUGGCACUCUCGAGCGGGAAAGGAUUAAUAUGUCUAUGAUACUGGCCUGGGUUGUUUGAAGGGUGGAUUGGGUAAAUCUCUAUUGGUGGAUAGCAUAGUAGCUUUUGCUUACAUUUAUCAGUGUGAUAGCAAUUUAAACAACAGAUAGCAGUAUCUGUCCUUUGAACAACUGGAGCCUGAAAGGCAACUUAUCUGUGUUAGUGGAAGAAACCAACUGUUGGGAGGUUGAGAUUGAGGCAGUUACACUAUAGUAAUAUCAUAUUGUUCAUAUCCCAAGGGCAGCAAGGGGAAUAAAUUAAUUAGCCUCAGGCCCACAUACUGCUCCUGGCUAGCUGUUGACUGACAUUUAGUUGGCAUUUGAUCACUUCAUUUUGUUCAUUUGAUCAUUGUAGUUGUCUCUGGUUGAGUGUAUCUCUUUCCUUAAACCGGUUUGUUAUGGCCUCUGCAGCAGGAAUUGCAAGACAAAUUAAAGUCUCCGUCCUCUGUCAAGGGUUAUAUAUACAAUCUUACAGCCACAGAACACCCUCCUCUCCAGGGAUACAUCCACGAUAUCUGCACCUCCACACAAAGACACACCACCAUGGGCAUCAUCUUACACACAUUACCUCUAGAAUUAAAAGAGUUAAUACAUUACUACUUUCUUUCAGAUGAUCUAUUCUGACAGUCUGGUAAACCUCCAGGGAAAUUGUUACAGAGUACAGCAUAUUGUGUAUUCCUUAAUUUGCUGGCUUCUUCCUUUCAUUCCUGUUGGCAUUGUACUUGGCUCCGAAUCACCACCUUAUAUUGUUGUAAAUAUGCAAUUCUGCUUUCCUGAAUCAACAGACACUGGAUAUUUUACAACUACAUUUAUCACAGAGCUGGCACUGGGUGUUGGUGUUACCUGCUUGUUUUUUGUGGUCUAUAAACUUUUCAUGGUAAUAAUUAUGUACUUUUAACUAACAGUUCAAAUGUUUUUAGUGGGUAAGCAAUUAAUGGUUGUUUUUUAUUCAAUGCCACUAUUAGAAGGCCCAUUUACACAUCUAGAAGAUAAUUUUUAAUGAGGUUUACAUUGUAAAUCAUUACAUUUUUAACUUAAAGUUACUCCAAAGUCCAAACCUUAGUGGUUGCAAUGAGAUUCCUUGUCAUCACCAUAGAAAAUAUGAAGAGAUUGGUGUGGAGAAUAUAAAUACUUGUUUUGUUGCAAAAAGAGAAUACUCUCCAAGUCUGAACUGAAAAUGGCUCAGGCCAUUGAAAUUUAGUGGAAGAGUUCUGCUUAGUAAUUGUAGAAUUCUUCUACAUCCAUGGCCUGGUGAACACCUUACACAACACAAGAUAAUUAAUUGUAAAUGGAAGUCUAGUCCUGGUAGAAAUCUGUUUCUGAUAAAUGAAUAAAGGGGUAAGUUUCUAAAGAAACUGUGGUGCUGCGUCGGUGGGUGAGUAUAGCAGGUAAUUUAGUGUUAACGACUGGGUUGAAAACGUAAAUUAGCCACCGUGAAGAGUAAAAAAGCUGACGUUUCAAGCGUUAGCCCUUCAUCAGAGCUAUCGCUUUGACAAAGGGCUAAUGCUCGAAAAGUCAGCUUUUUUACUCUUCACGGUGGCUAAUUUACGUUUUCAACCCAGUUGUUAACACUAAAUUACCUGUAUCUGAUAAAAUUAGAUUUCAAUUGUCACACAGCUGGGAAAUGGAUAUUAAAUGUCUGCUAACUAAUCGUGACCUCCUUCUUCUUGGUCAUUUCAGCUACGCAACAUCUCCACUGUUGCUGGUGAGCAAGCUAAAUCAAGAAAAAAGAAAAUGGACAAACUGGUUCAGCGCCUGGUGUUUCUUAUGUUUGCAUAUGCAGCCAUUGUAACUCUCACUUAUAUUCCCAUCUGCCUUUUACAACAACAUACAGCCCUUCUGGAACACCAUAUAAAUCGGUACUUUCGUUGCUUGAUGUUUUACCCACCAGAAAAGUGUCAUAAAAGUUAGUAUCAAGUGCUUUGAGUAUCAUUUACUUGGUAUUUGUUCAGUAAUACAUGUAUGUAACAACUACACUAUGAGCUCUAUAAUUUUAUCCAGUCUAUCAAAAGUGAACAAUAAGACAGACUCACAUUUAUUUUUUUUUUUCACCUGCGUACUGGAUCUACACACUAAAAACAUAAAUGAAAUUCUUUGGGUAAGGUUAUUGAUGAAAGUAAAUUUGAUGAAUGUCAUUAACUGAGCAACUGCAUUCCUACCCUUCCCUUAGCCCAAAAUUUAAUUACUCCUAACUUGUUAUCAGUUGACUGACAUUGAUCUACAAAUUUUGUUCCCAACAGAAUAUGAAAAGUACACUUUCUCUGGCGCAUUUGUGGCAUCAUCCCUAAGCACUGCAUUCUUUGCACUGACGACUGUGUGUUUCUUGGCAUUUAACAAGCAGUCCCGCAAACUGUGGACCUUCUGGUGGUUCAGGAUACAGAGAUGCUGCUGUGAGCAGUCUUAA